CGAAGUAAGAAGAUGUUGUUCCAGUUAUUUUGGCGACCAGUUUGAAAACCGAAACCGUGUUUGUAUUUUCGAAUAUUUUUACUAAUAAUUACCAAAAAUCGUUAACAAAUCAGAAUGGAAUCUGAAUCAGGAACAAGUAAUACGAAAAUAUCCGAAUCAGGAUAUUCCAAUAGUUGUAGCAAUACUACCUCCCAACAUAGUACUAGUACAAAAUCUAGACAUAGUGGAAGCAAUUCCAGUAGAAGCAGUGGUUAUUGUGGUGCCCCUACAGGCGAAGAAAGCUCUGAAAAUGUGCCGUGCAAACGUUCCAAAGAACAUAAAAAGAAAAAGACUAAAACUCCUCCCGAAAAGUUUUCCGCUCCGGCCGAGAUGACAGUUGUAGAAAAUCCCACCGACGACAACAUUACUGGUGUAGAAUGUCCGGCUCCCACGACUGAGGCCUCUGAACCAGUUUGCACUGCUGUUGUAGCUGCACUACCUGCCUUUGCAAUAGAAACUAGCAGUAACGAGUUAGAAAAUAUACAAGAAUCCACUAUUUGUAUGGAAGAGGAUUCCAUAGUUGAAAAGGCCGAUGAUGAAUGUGAUAAGGAAAACCUCAUUCCUUGCAACAAUAACGAACCGCAGACUUUAAGUCAUUUCAACGAAGGAUUUUGCUGCGUCAUAUCCAUACAUGAUGGCGCGGUGAUUUACACGACACCUAGUUUAACCAACGUGCUGGGAUUUCCCAAGGAUACUUGGACUGGACGAUCGUUUGUCGAUUUUAUCCAUCCUAAAGACAGGGAUACCUUUGCCAGUCAAAUUACCAAUUGUUUAGCUUCACCUUUAAUGGAUGCUGAAGGAAAACUACGAGACUUUAAAAACAACCUCUACGUGUGCCUACGACAAUACAAAGGAUUAAAAUCCCCCGAAUUUGGUAUUGUUAAUAAGCAAGUAUCUUAUCAAGCCUUCCAUUUGACCGUCACCAUCAAAAGGAUAGAAGAAACCCAAGACUUAAAAUUCUGUAACAACAAUCAUGGGAUAUUUCUUGUAGUGAUAGCUGUACCUGUACAUAGUUCCUAUAAAGUACCAGGAGAGAAGAUAGUAUCAGUUAAAUUCGGCAUACGUCAUACCGCAUCAAGUAUAUUCAACCAUGUAGAUUCCGAAGUAGUCAGUCAUUUCGGAUUCUUACCUCAAGACAUGCUAGGAAAGUCAGUUUUUGACUUUUACCAUCCAGAAGAUAUGCCGAUUCUAAAAGAACUUUAUAAAUCAGUGAUAACAACGUGCCAUAAAAAAGGAUCGGUCUUCCGCUGUCAUCCUCAUAGAUUUCUAGUACAAAACGGCUGUUUUGCGAUGAUCGAAACUGAAUGGUCCAGGGUAAUGAAUCCAUGGUCUAAAAAAAUGGAAUUCGUAAUACGCCUACAACGGGUUCUUCAAGGACCACUCAAUCCAAAUGUUUUCGAUACUCCUAGCGACGAAGAGUUCAAAAAAAUUCCUGAGGAAAUUAUCAAACAGGGAAAAGAAAUUCAAAUUGAAAUUCUCAAAAUUCUCAGUGAGGAAAUACCUAAACCAACCGAUAUCGCACAACAGGAAGUGACCAAGCGAUACAAAGUUCUGGCAGAUUUUAUGGAAACACUUACGAACGAUGUUAAUCCAUCAAAACUGGAAAUUGAAUUACCUCAAGAUCUCGAUCCAACGAUAUCCGAGAGAGAUUCUGUGAUGUUGGGGGAGAUAUCUCCACACCACGACUAUUGCGACAGCAAAUCCUCGUCGGAGACACCUCCGAGCUAUAACCAAUUAAACUACAACGAAAACAUCAAUAGGUUCUUUCAAAGCAACCCUAAAACAACCAUUUCCGAUGAGAGCAACUCCCAAACCAAUACUAUGGAUACCGAUUCUAAAAACAUCACAGAUUGCGUGGGAACUACUCAAAAAUGUCUUUCACCAGUGGAAAAUAGUGGCGCAUCUAGAACAGGAAGUGCUGGAAACCUCAGUUCGGGAAGUAACCCCAAUUUGGAAAGUGGUACAACUAGUGGAACAAACACAUCUAAUAAUUCAUAUAAACCUCCACAGUUGACCGAAUCUGUACUAGUCAAACAUAACGAGGAUAUGGAAAAAAUUUUAAUCCAAAGGCACCGCGAGGAAAGAUUUCAUAACAAAGAUGCAAAGAAAUGCCAUCAAAAAUUAGAAAAGCAUGCAAAUGAAACAUUAAGAGGAGACGAAAACCAGCAAACGCAUGGUGUUAAACGAAGCGGAUCGCAUUCAUGGGAAGGUGACUGUCACAAGAUGACAAAACAUCAUGCAAAUAAUAAUAAUACCCAAGAAUACUGUAGACGUAAUCAAAUGCAUCACUAUACUGCCACGCAUCAGUCAACCAAUCAACAAGACCUGCGGCGUACAACUCAGCCACUUCAAACAGAGAUGCAUGAAGUUAAUGCGUGGCCUCCUUUUUCAUUAACCAAUCAAUCCACCAAUGCAGGCUUAAACGGGACAAUGGCCAUGAAUACAGGGAUUUUCCCUGUAUAUUACCUCCCCGCCUCUGUCCAACAAAGAUCCUACGUUGAACCACUACCUCGAUAUCAAGUGCAAUACUUGCCAGCAAAUGUAUUCUACAACACGAUGUUUCCAACACCACCAGUUCUCUGUCCAACAGUACCGGUGUUUUCUAUACCGGUCACCGCUGCUCCCACAGCUAGACCAGCCAAUGCAACUCCACCAAGGAUUCAUCCGGAAGUUCAACCUGCUACUGACAUGACCCGAUUUGACAUGAGCUCAAAUACGCAGACGCCAGUCUGUCAUAGGCCUUCCUCUCAAGCGACUUCCGUUAAAGCCGAACCAGGAAGUAGGAUGGGCUCUAUUGCUUCCGCAAGUGUAGCCAAUAAAGCUAUGUCCGAGUGUUCUCGAAAAGACAUGGGACUGCUUUCGGUCUGUUCGCCAGGUACGCCGGUAGUCAGCCCGCCCGAUGGAGAAACGCAAGCGGGACAGUACAAAUCUGAAUCUAAGAUGCAGGAAAUUCCUAAACCUAAACUAGGAAUUAGCUACAGAAAAAAUAACAACUUGGAUGAAGAGAGCAGUUGUUACUCUUCCUCGUACUCCUCGUUUCUGAAAACUGACACUGGGUCUGGAUCAAAUGACGAUACCACAUCACAGAACAGGACUAGUCGUACUGACGAUUUUUCCUUAAAGGACAUAUUACGACAACACCAAAAAUCAUACCCUAUGAGGAAAAAAGAACCGCCAUGGUUGGAAUCUGUAUCCAUGUCUCCAGAACUAAUUUAUCGAUACCAAGUAUCCGUCAAAGAUCUAGAAGAUAUACUUAAAAACGAUUUAAAUGUCCUCAAAAAUGUCAAUCAGCCAAUGAUGGUCAACGAUCAACUGCAUCAACUUUAUAUAGAAAUGGAAUUGGAAGGUUUAUCUAAAGCACUAACACUAGAGGAAGGGUUUAUGUCGAGCAGCAGUAGUGGCGAUGACACAUCUGCGAAUGGCGCUGAAGGAACAAAAAAAAGACGUUCUUAUAGUUCACUGAUGAUGAUAUAUGAAGAAAAUGCACCGUUACCACCUCCAGAAGCCAAUUGUUGAGUACUCAAAAAAUAGCACAGCUUUACAUCGUUUUAUAAAAUCGACAUAAAAUUUUAUUUAUAACAAUUGUAUUUUUAUACGAGUAUAUUAUAUAAAAGUUCUUAUCUUUUCUACUUAUUUUGGUGGUUUUAUGUGUAUAUUUUUAUACAACUAAUCUGUAAAUUUGAUACAUUUUAUAUAUUAGAAAUCAAUGUUCUCAUAAAAAUUCUUAUUGUGGUAUUUUUACUAUGCCUAUUUAUUUUAUUUUAGAUGGCAACUAGAAUUAACUAAUCAACUAGA